CACAGAAAAUGUGGCGAUUAUUUGGGCGCGCCUCCAAAGGACCCGCAGAGGAGUCUCCGCCUCGGGGGCUUCCGGCCUCCUGGUACCGCUCCGACGCGAUGUAUGAGCUCGAACGACGCGCCAUCUUCUCCAAACGCUGGAUCCUACUUACUCACUCCAGCCGUCUCGCUAAACCCGGGGACUUCCUAUCCUUCACCAUUGCUGAAUUCUCCUUCUUCCUGACCAAAGACCGCGACGGAAACAUCAACGGCUUCCACAACAUCUGCCGCCACCGCGCAUACCCCAUAGUGCAGGCUCGGGCCGGCUCCACCUCCAUCCUCAGCUGCAAGUACCACGGAUGGUCCUACGGGCUGAAAGGGAACCUCUCCAAAGCACCCCGCUUCGAGACGGUCCCCGACUUCGACAAAAGCCAAAACGGGCUACUUCCCAUCCACGUGCACCUCGACCAGGCCGGCUUCGUGUGGGUGAACCUGCAGGCCGGCGAGAGUCCCGACGUCCAGUGGCAAGAUGAUUUCCAGCGGAUCGACGAGCAACCGCGCAUGCAAGAUUUUGAUUUCGCCGGGGAAUACACCUUCGACCACUACUGGGAGAUGGAGAUGGAGGCGAACUGGAAGCUGCUGAUUGAGAAUUACAACGAGUGCUAUCACUGUGCGACAUCGCAUCCGCUUAUCAGCGGGGUUUCGGAUCUGCCGCGAUAUCGGGUGGAGCCCACCGCCGCCUACAUGGAGCAUCAUAUCUUCAACAAGGACAAUGUCGACGCCCAGUUUCGGCGCGCCAUUACAUAUUUUUUUCCCACCACCUCGGUGACAGUGACCGACAAAUUCUUCUAUAUUCAGCGGAUGAUUCCCUUGAGCGCGACCACGAGCAAGAUCGAAAACGAAGUCUAUCGUCACCACGACGCCACGGACGAGGAGUUUGAUAAUAUCAAUGCAUUUUAUAGGCAGGUUCUGGAGGAGGACAAAGAGCUCUGUGUUGGUGUGCAGACGAAUCUGAUUACCGGGGUGUUUAUCAACGGCGAGCUCCACCCGAGCAAGGAAAAAGGUCCCAUUCACUUCCAACAAAGCCUGAGAGACAUGGUAAUGGAGCACCGCCAGAAGGAAGAGGCCCAAGGUGGGCGAGAGAUCUGGCCAGCGCUGCCGGCAGUGACGGGAGACAUGAAGACGGAUCGCUUAGCGGAAGAGGAACGGUUUUGUUCGCAACUGGAAGCGAGCUGCAUGAGCCGACCGGAGCUAGCCUGGUAGAGAAUCGU